AAUAAAUUAAUAUAAUAACUAUUUAUAUUUUAAGACUAAAGAAUUAAUUAAAAAUGUUAGAAGAAAAUAUUUUAACACCAAAGUGUGUACUGUGUAAAAGAGUAAUAGAUAACUCAUGUAAAUGUAACUUAUGGAAAAACGAUGCUUACAAAAUUUGUAAGGCUUGUGCAGAUUCUUCAUGCUGUAUUUCUUAUCCUGAUAAUGUUUUAAUAGUUAAAAGAGCAUUUAAAAAAUUUACAGCCCAAUCAAUAGUAGAAAUUUCAUCUUCAUCGUUACUCGUGUCUAUUUUCUCUGGUCAACUUUAUAGUUACAGACACAACAUUUAUAAUUCUGGCGGGAAGGCAAAAAGAAACCUUAUAGACCAAGACUUAAUGUACCUUUUAUCCGAGGAUAAAUCAUUUAAUAGUCUUAAGGUACUGGUAAAUCGUGUCUAAACCCAACAAUUGUUAGAAAAUACACCACAACUUUAGUACAUGAUAAGUAUCCUGAGCUUAAGCAAAAUACAGCUCAUUUGCUAUGCCAUAAUGUUACCACAGCCGAAAAAUCAUAUGCCAUAGCUGAGAAAAGGAACAAAGUCGCAGAAACUAGUAAGCAAAUUCGAGAGGUCCAGAGAGAAACAUAUGCUGACAAU